AUGGACAUACAAAAUUUUAUCCGAUUCCUAUUAAUUAGAAUAUUUCUCGCUCUUCUUAUACUAUCAAUUAUUAUGAAAGUUAUGAAAGAGAAAUUUAUCACAUGGUUGUAUGGCCAGAAUUCUGAUUCAGGCAUGUCUGUCCUAACAAGAGGAUAUAUGCUGUCUGAAAUGCUGACAACAAAACUUUACAAUAAUUCAGUGAUAACCAGUUUUCAGCCGUCGACAAGUAACAUGUAUGGCGAUCCAAUACAGAUAACUGUGUCAAGCAUUAAAUCUACUAAGUGUUGUGUACUGCGCGAUAUUGCCUUAUCGUCGUUUCACACUGCUCUUAUUGGUGAUCAUAAUGCUCUUAAAGAGUAUAUUGUGUGUAAUGCUGCUGAAAAAUAUGCCCUAAAACCUGGCAGUCAAGAGAUAUCUGUAUCUGCAGGUGUCCAAUUGUCUUCUGAUAAUUUGAAACGUAACACCUACUCACUUGUUAUCGGUCUUGUAUCUGGUGCUUCAGAUUCAUCAGUUGAAGAAAUAGACAUAUCAUGCUACAUUAUUCAUGUGAAGAUACGAAAAGAAGAAAAUGUGGAUACAAGUAUCAUGUAUACAUUUUGGAAAACUAAUUGGAAUCGUUUAUUAAUACCACAGAUUCUAUUUGAUGCUGGUCAAGAUGCUAAUAAUAAUACGGAAGAACAAACAACAACCCCCCUGCCUGUGAAGACAACUGAUAACUUGGUGGUGGUAGACAACGGUGAUAAAGACGACCACAAAACAUGGAGACCGUGUUGUUUUAUAUGCCUCUCCUCCUCGGAUAGUACAUCCAAUGUUCUACGUGUUCUCCUUCCAUGUCGUCAUGCAGCUGUCUGUCAUGAUUGUUUCCAAUCCCUUCACAAUUCAGCUAUGUCUUCAGCGCCUCAUCAUCUUAUCGGAUUAUUGACUUGUCCACUUUGUAGAACACCGAUUAAUUCAACACUGUUAUUACCAGUGGAAUUAACAGAUUGUACGCCGACCACGACAGGGAAUUUCGGUGAUGAUGAUGUAGCCACUGCCACUUCUACUCCUAGUACCAGCAGUGACAGCGACAUCGGUGGUGUGAGAAACCGUCAUCAUGAAAUUCUCUCCUACUAA